AUGCAGAAACACAAACUUGCCAAGGCAAUCAUGAACACAACAAAAGAUAAGAGGAAACCAAAAGCCCAAAAUUCGAAACAAAAAUUAAAGCAUGUGGGAAAGAAACCCGAAAGUGCUCAAUAUACAAAUCGAAUGCCACCUAGGGUAUCACGAAGAACUCCAAUAAGCCAGGACAAUUACAGAAGACCAGCCACCACCGGUAUCUUACCGAGUAAGCUAUCCCGCCUAAGUACCGUCGUCGAGACAUCGAAUGUCAAUGUACAAGGAGCGGACCAUGCUACAAAGAUCUUGGGCUCCGUCACCACUCUUUGGCGUAAGAAACAGUUACAGGAUGUCGUCCUUGCCGUAGGACACCACCGCGUUGGUGCUCAUCGGUUGAUCUUAGCAGCAUGCAGUGGGUAUUUCUGUGAACUGUUCACGUCGGAAGAAGACGAUCCAAGCUCAGACGGGGAACAGUUUGUUUACACACUACAUGGUGUGGGCCAUGAAAUCGUUAAAAUGUUACUAGAAUCCAUGUACACGUCGAGUCUAGCCGUCACAUACGAAAACAUCGAUGAACUCUUGAACGCAGCACUGUAUCUGAGAAUACAAACAGCGUUGGACUCGUGCACGAACUUCUUACUCGAGAACCUGACAUCGGAAACAUGUCUUCGGACUUUGUCUGUUGCUAUUUCUUUCGACAUGGAAGAUAUAUUUGAGAGGGCGUGUCAGCAGGUAGCAAGCCACUUCGUAGAGCUAUCAAUCACUGAUGAAUUCUUAGAUCUGUCAGAAGAGACAUUACUUUGUCUGGUAUCAAGGGAUGAUCUCCACGUAGAUGAUGAAUUGGAGGUUUUUCAUGCAUGCACUCGUUGGCUAGAACACGACCUCGAUAGUAGAUUACCUUAUCUAGUACAACUGUUACGUCGAGUCCGACUUCCAAUGAUCACCCCGUCGGAGAUCGUCGACUUCGUGGAGAGUGUACCGUACAUCAUGCGAAACCCUCAAUGCGAGUCGUUGGUGAAAGACGCGCUCCACUACCACUGCCUUCCUUAUCGACAGAGUGUGCUCCAAUCAUCUCGAACUGUUCCGAGGUCGUCUCUUCAUAUCACCACGCCCAUCGCCCUUGGGGGCCAACCUCGACGAACCAAAGAGCCUGUUGGUUGUGACGUCAUGUUUUAUAAGCAGGCGUCCAAGGAAUGGGUGACACUUACCGAGAUGGAACAUCCCAGACACCAUCAUGCAGCCGCUACGUUAGGUGGUUUUCUAUACAUAGCUGGUGGAAGAGAAACAACAUCUGCGGGGAGUCCCCUUCGCUCUACCCAUCGUUACGAUCCACGUAUCAAUGCCUGGCUUCAUGUAGCCGAUAUGAUUGAUGGCAGAGAGAGCUUUCAGCUUGGGGUCCUCAACGGAAAGAUAUACGCCGUUGGGGGUAGGGUUGACGACAAGACCUCGCUAUCGGCCGUAGAACGCUAUGAUCCAUGUCGAGAUGUAUGGGAAGCUGUCGAAAGCCUGGGUGAUCCUAGAAGAUGUGUGGCAGUAGCAGCUCACAGUAAUCGCCUUUACGCCAUGGGUGGAUCAGGAAAUCAAAAGAUUUCAAGCAAAGUGGAAUAUUUCGAUGACGACAAAGACGAAUGGCAAGCGUGUAAAUGUCUACGCAUCCCUCGUUUCUUUUCCAUACUCUUACCACACGGUGACUACCUAUACCUCGCCGGUGGAGCUACUGCUGAUAGCACAGGAACAGUCAGAUGCAUCCCUCAUAUUGAGCAGUAUAACCCCAGAAAGGACACUUGGAUUCAACUAUCACCCAUGGCGACACCGCGGGCAGAAAUGGCAGGGAGCGUCGUGAAUGGAAUGAUCUAUUUGAUUGGAGGGUAUAACUGGGAAAGCAAAUCAUGGCUUCACUCCGUUGAAAAGUAUAAUAUCGAAGAGGACGACUGGGAAUCGUUUAAAGAUUAUCCCAAGGCGUUUACUGGUAUCGCUGGCUGUGCUUUGACAUUGUACAGCAUGCCGCCAUGAAAGAAGAUGUUGCUCAGACUAGCAGACGACAGGGGGCUUAUGAACGGAUGACAUCUUAAAAAAAAUACCCAGAACUUUGUUGA